GCGGGUUGCGGCGGGCGCAGUGCCGGUUGGCUUGUGCGGAGUGUGGGAGACGGUUCGGGCGGCGUGCGCGGCCUUUGCUGUGCUCUGUCCCGGCGCCGGCGGGAUGACGCGCUUCGCUCUGACAGUGGUCCGGCAUGGAGAAACAAGACUUAACAAGGAGAAAAUCCUUCAAGGACAAGGAAUAGAUGAGCCUCUUUCAGAAACUGGAUUUAAACAAGCAGCUGCUGCUGGUAUAUUUCUUAAUAACGUGAAGUUUACUCACAUUUUCUCCAGCGACCUCAUGAGGACAAAGCAGACCGUGCAUGGAAUUUUGGAGAAGAGCAAAUUUUGCAAAGAUAUGACAGUAAAGUAUGAUUCAAGACUUCGAGAAAGGAAAUAUGGGGUUGCAGAAGGCUCGCCGCUGAGUGAGCUAAGGGCCAUGGCCAAAGCAGCUGGGCAGGAGUGCCCUGUGUUCACACCGCCCGGAGGAGAGACCUUGGACCAGGUGAAGAUGCGUGGAAAAGACUUCUUUGAAUUUCUUUGUCAGCUGAUCCUGAAAGAAGCGGGUCAGAAUGAACAGUUUUCCCAAGAAGCCCCGAGCGACUGUCUGGAAAGUUCUUUGGCAGAGAUAUUUCCUUUAGGGAAAAACUGUACCUCCACGUUUAAUUCGGACAGCGGCGCUCCAGGGUUAGUGGCCAGUGUCUUAGUUGUGAGUCACGGCGCCUACAUGAGAAGCCUGUUGGAUUAUUUCCUGACCGACCUUAAGUGUUCCUUCCCGGUGACCCUGAGCAGGUCCGAACUCACAUCAGUCAGCCCUAAUACAGGGAUGAGUGUCUUUAUCAUAAACUGUGAGAAAGGAGAAGUGAAACCAACCACCCAGUGUGUGUGUGUGAACCUCCAGGGCCACCUGACCGGGGUGACCAAAGUUCACUAACUUUAAAUCUGCAUCGAAAGCUAACAAAUGUGAACCUCUGAGGGGGGCCUUUGACUGUAUUUCCACUCUCUGCUAAUGCAGGCUUGGGAACAGUUAAAAAGCUGUCUGUUAGAGCAGGUUAUAAAGCUCGGGUGGAAUCAGAGCCACAUGAAACACUAAUGGAAAACCAUUGAGAAUUGACUUCUUCUUUGUGAGCACGGUUGGAAUUUUCCAGGGUAAUCUUACCGCCCUGCUCAGUGACAUCUCUGGAUUGUAAAUGGAUGAAGGAACUCAGUAUUGCAAACUGGGGGAGUAAUAAUCCUGUUACUGUGGUAUUUUGCUUUUUUAGUGUCCUGGUUUUUUUGGUAUUUUUCUUUAAUGUCUGAAAAAUCUGGCCUGUUUUAUUGGCUCUUGGUAAGAUACUGUAUGUUUUCCUUUUUACUGUCUCAUCCAGUCCUUGGAAGAGGGAACUAUUUGUAAUUUCCACUCCAUAUUUAUGUGAAAAUAUGUUAUAUUCAAACAGUCCUUUAAAGGAGAAAUGCUUGCCGUCAUGGUUCAUGUAAACGCAAACGACACUAAAUGUUUAAUACAGAAAUCAGCUGUUGGAAUUGUUUACUCUGGAGGGCUCGAGGUGCAGAUGCAUGUGGACUGUGGUUGCAGAACGGUCUCG